ACUGAUCCAUGGAGUUACUGAACUGCAACUCUCCACCAUGGCCACGCAGAAGAACCAAACGGGGCGAGCUGGGUACCUUUGAAACGGUACAUUAUGGCUCCCACUCUCCUUCAGAGGCUUUUUAGUAAAAGGGCCAACGCGGCGUCUUCGCGGGAUUAUAAAGGGCCGGAUCUAUGCUGGGCGUCAUCUGAGUUGGACCUGAACCAGAUCCGCCUGAUCGUCUACCAGGACUGCGAGCGCAGGGGGCGGCAGGUUCUGUUCGACUCCAAAGCCAUCCGGAAGAUUGACACGUCUGACCCGAAGAAUGGCGAUGAGGCACAGGCGAAAACACAGGGCAGGUGCUACCAGGGAAACAGGAGCGGGGCCUGCACCAUUAACGCCCCGAACGUCAGCGCACCUGGCGCGCCCGGCGACAGAGAGGCACUGCCUAGCUACCAGUACACAAGGCCAGCGUCGGAUGUCAACAUGCUGGGCGAGAUGAUGUUUGGCUCGGUUGCCAUGAGCUACAAAGGGUCUACACUAAAGAUACACUACAUACGCUCACCACCCCAGCUGAUGGUCAGCAAGGUCUUUUCCACCAGAGUGGGCAGCGCAACAGGGAGCACAAACACGCUGCAGGACAGCUUUGAGUACAUCCACCAUGAGUCUGUGGCAGGGAAGUCCUGUCCAAGCCAGAGCGGCCUGGGAAGCCAGAGUGGAAGCAGCAUAGCUCACAGCACCCCUGUGGACAUGCCGAGCAGAGGUCACAGCGAGGACAGAGAUAGCGGCAUAGCUCGAUCAGCGUCCCUGAGCAGCCUGCUGGUCACGCCCCUCCCGUCCCCAGGCUCCUCCCUCUCCAGCGGCUGCGCCAGCAGCUACCAGCGGCGCUGGCUGCGCAGCCAGACCACCAGCCUGGAGAACGGUCCCGUGCCACGCUGGGGUAACGAGGAGACCUUCAGCCUAUCGGACGAGAGCUGCAGCUCGAACCCGGCCAUCGUCCGGCGGAAGAAGAUUGCAGUCAGCAUCAUCUUCUCUCUCCCGGAGAAGGAGGAGGAGAACAAGAGCUUCCAGGACUUCUUCUUUUCUCACUUUCCCCUCUUCGAAUCCCACAUGAACAAGCUGAAGACUGCCAUUGAGAAGGCGAUGAUCCUGUGCCGGAAGAUUGCGGAGUCCAGCCAGCGGGUGCAGGUGUACCUGUGUCGAGUUAUGGACGCACUGGGGGAGUUCCGGACGACGGUGUGGAACCUGUACAUGGCUCCCCGGAUCACGGAGCCCGUGUGGCUGACCAUGGUGUCCCAGACGACCGAGAAGAGCCCGCUGUGCCAGCGCUUCCUCAGGGAGCUCACCACCCUCACGGAGCACACCGCCAAGAGCCAGUUUCUUGCCUCACUGUUGACUGCUGUCCUGACCCAUCACCUGGCCUGGGUUCCCACAGUCAUGCCAAAUGACCACCCGCCAAUCAAGUCCUUCUCGGGGAAGCACACAUCUCAGUCAGUAGACAUGCUGGCCAAGUCCCACCCCUACAACCCCCUCUGGGCACAACUUGGUGAUCUGUACGGUGCGCUGGGCUCGCCUGUGCGGCUGGCGCGGACUGUGGUGGUGGGGAAGCGCCGGGAGCUGGUGCAGCGGGUCCUCUACGUCCUCACCUACUUCAUCCGCUGCUCAGACCUGCAGGAGAACGCGUUCCGCGCCAGCGAGCGGGCGCAGGGCGAGGCCGUGCUCACCACCACGCUGGAGAGGGGCGAGGUGGAGGAGUCGGAGUACGUGGUGGUCUCUGUGCGGAGCGAGCAGCCGGAGGGCGAGAGGGCCGGGAUCCCCGCGGCCCAGGACCACCACGCCCAGGGCGGCGAGCUCGGCCAAUCGGCUCCCUGCUCAGAGAGGACGGACGAGGAGGAGGCCACGCCCACCAGCACAGGUUCUUCCAGCCCUACACCUGUGCAGGGGACCAGGCAGAAAGAGGUGGAGACGGGGGGCAUGGGCGAGCGGGAGGGGGCGUGCCCCGAGCCCCCUGCCCCGGGGGAGAGACCCUGUUUGAGACUGCUGCCCCAGGAGAGCCCUCUCCUGCACAGGGUAAAGUUCCAGAUCGGGAGCUCGGAGUCGCCCGAUUCGGACCUGGAGUCCCGUCAGAGGGAGAUGGACAGGAGUUACCGCUGCUACAGGGACAGCCUGGCCGAGGACCCUGGCGGCGUGCUGGCCGAGGCGGACGCGGAGACCGAGGACGCCGCGCCAAAGACUCCCCCGCAGCACGCCGCCACACACUGUGACAGGGACACGGGUGCGCUAGGGGACCCGGGCCGGGCCGGGCCGGAGGGGGCGUGUCCCGCUGAGAGACCCGGGACGCCGGGCUGUCCCGGCAUGCGCGCGCAGCCCUCGGCAGACAGGGCGGGGCCGGUGAGGCCCUGCCCGGGAUGGUGUGCUCCCUAUGGGAGCGGCGUGAGGAAGCUGCCCCUCAGGUUGCAGGGGGACAUCCGCAGGAACGAAAGCUCGGACAGCGCCCUGGGGGACAGCGAUGACGAGGACUCGUCGGUGGAGCCGUCUGCGCGGCAGGAGCAUCCCAGAGAAGAGUACGAACUGCCCCUGCUCAGGACAGAAAUCAUCAGCAAGCCAGAUGUGAACAAUUUUGGCAGGUCGCUGUUUGGUGGCUACUGUCCCCAGUACAUGCCAGACUUCGUCCUGCACGGGACCAGCUCAGAUGAGCGACUCAGACAGUGUCUGAUGGCUGAUCUCGAUCACACUGUCUUGCACCCGGCCCUGGACGAGCCCAUAGCGGAGGCGGUGUGCAUCAUCGCAGACACGGAUAAGAUGACCGUGCAGGUGGCUACCAGCCAGCGCAGGGUGAUGGACUCCAACAAGCUGGGCAAGGAGGUGCUGGUGUCCAGCCUCGUCACCAGCCUCCUACAUUCCCUACUCCAGCUUUCCAAGCUCCACAUCUCUCCUGACUUUUGCGUGAUGCACCUGGAGGAUCGGCUGCAGGAAGUGUACUUCAAAAGCAGGAUGCUGGCGGAGUACUUAAAGGGACAGACCAGAGUGCACGUCAGGGAACUGGGACAGGUCCUGGGGAUCGAAUCGAACGACCUCCCCCUGCUGGCGGCCGUGGCCAGCACGCACUCCCCGUACGUGGCCCAGAUCCUGCUGUGAGUGCACCCUCCCCUCAGGCCGCCACGCCCUCGCAAGCCCCGCCCCUUAACGGGCUCAGCCUGACUGGAAGCCCGGGAAGGAGGCGGAGCUCCCUCACAGCAUGUCUCCCUCACGCAGAACGUCAGAACAAACCUCAGCUGCUGCUGUCACCUUGAAGCAAAAAAACGGACGUGAAGUUCGAGAAACGGACAGUUUAUUCAGCCUUGAACUCAUCGUUAACAUAUGAAGCUGGGUGAUUAUGU